CCCAUCAGCAGGGGAUCACGGUCCUGGAGAAGGAACUGGCCCAGCUGAGGCUGCCGGAUAUCACGGGGGACUUUCGCAUCCGGCACGUGGGGAAGGUGCACUAUGAGAUCUCCAGACUGGACCUUCGCAGUUUCCACUUGCCAUACUCACGGAUUUCCCUGGUCCCCAACGUGGGGCUGCAGGUCGCCAUCUCCAACGCCUUCGCCGACCUGGACGGGAACUGGCGGGUGAAGCUACACUUCAUCCGGGACCACGGUUCAUUUGACCUGAGGGCAGAGAACAUCUAUAUCAAAAUCAACCUGAAGCUGGGCAGCGACGCCUCCGGGAAGCCCACCGUGGACACCCCCGACUGCAGCACCCGCAUCUCCAAGGUCCAAGUGCACUUCUCGGGCAAGUUUGGAUGGCUUUACAACCUCUUCUACAGCGCUGUCGAGUCCAGGUUCCGGAAAAGCUUGGAGAGCAAGGUCUGUGAGAGCGUGGCCAGGUCUGUGCACAGCGAUCUCCAGCCCUACCUCCAGACCCUGCCAGUCACAGCCAGGAUAGGUUCCACUGUUGGGAUCGACUUCUCCUUGGUGGCCCCCCCAGCUGCCACCGCCCAGUACCUGGACGUGAAACUGAAGGGUGAAUUCUUCUCCCUGACCCACCGCUCCCCUGUCCCCUUCCCUCCGCUGCCGCUGGCCUUACCCCCGGCACACGACCGCAUGGUUUACUUCGGAGCUUCCAGCUACUUCUUCAACACAGCCAGCUUCGCCUACCAGGCUGCCGGGGUGCUGGUCUUCGAGAUCACAGACUCCAUGAUCCCAAAGGAUGUUGAGUUCCACUUGAACACCUCCACCUUCUCAGCCUUCAUUCCCCAGCUUGAGCAGAUGUACCCAGACAUGCUGAUGAAGCUCAAGCUGUUCGCCCCCUCUGCCCCAUUCAUGAACAUCGGACCAGCGGGGGUCUCGCUCAGGCCUGUCGUGGAUAUCCAGGCCUACGCCAUUCUUCCCGACUCCAGGCUGGCUCCUCUCUUCCUCCUCAGCCUGACAGGCAACGUGUCCGCCGUCAUCGACGUGAAAUCCGGCCACAUAGUUGGGAGCCUGAAGGUGGGCAGGAUGAAGCUCUCUCUGAAGCAGUCCGAUGUCGGCACCUUCCAGGUACGAAUGCUGCAGUCCAUAAUGAACAUCUUGGCUUCCAGUACCCUGCUCCCGCGUCUUAAUG